UUCGAGCCGAAAUUCGAGACUGAAAUAACAAAAUUAAAAAACGAUGAAUUUCGAGGGUCAACGAGGACGCGCAAUUUUUCCAAAUUUCUUCUUUUACAAACACCCGAGCGCUAGUAAAUCAUCGAUUAAUUCUCCCAAUCAUUCCGUUUGUUCGUACAUUUCGGGGGUGAAUGGAGGGAGAAGAAAAAAAACAGCGAAUGAUGAGUCCUCCGCGAAUGAUUAACGAUCAUCAACGAAUUCGAAGACCCAUCAAUCGUCGACUUGGGGGAUACUUAUAGGGGCCGAAGCGAUGGAAAAUUCGUUUAUUCCAAGAUGAGUCGUUGGCAAAUAGUCGUGUGCUUCUGUCUCGUUUCCGCGGGCCAUGAAAGUCUGCAGAUUCACGAGCACAUGACCGAUGAAGAGGUUCGAUCCGUUUUUCACACCGACCGGAAUUCAAUUCCGGACUACGAAGUCGUGCCAGUUUCUCACUCGGUUCCUGGCGAGGAUGGGAAUAAAAAUUUGAAAGUUUUUUUCAAAGCCUUCGGCGACGACGUCAUCCUCAAUCUUGAUCCAGCCGGAGAUUUUCUGUUUUCUGAAAAUACGCCGAUUUACACCGUUGCCUCAAAUUCUUCGUAUCCGAAUGGGCUGAAGUAUGAAUUGGUAGCCGGCACUGACUUGAAUAAGCGGCCCACUAUUUACGAGGAUGCCGAAAAAAAGGCGUCGCUCGCAUCCUACGAAGGGGAGGACGGAAGAAUUCAUUUUAAUGGGCCCUACGGAGAAAAAUUCAUAAUUCGAUCGAUUCCGAACAGAGUUUUAAAGAUCGUCAACCAGAAUGUAACCGACGAGUACUCGAAACAUCCACAACGAAUUCAUGGGCAUGGAGACUACAUAAAACUAGCCAACGAUCACGUAAUCGUGAAGUUUCCUUUGGAAGAAUUAACUGGUCGAUCGUACGGUAACGCUGACGAAAAUCUCUCGAAACAACUUUCGGAAAUGAAAGACGAAAAUCCGGGUCCCCGAGCUCCGCCGGAAAUAAUUUAUCCCGAAAUUUUAGUCAUCAUCGACUACGAAUCUUACAAAUCCCACGGAUCCAACAUUUGGGACUCCGUUCUUUAUUAUGCAGCCUUUUUCAACGGUGUAGAUCUCAAAUACAGAAUACUGGAGCAACCGAAAGUCCGACUGAACAUCGCAGGAAUGGUCAUUUCCAUGGACCACGAAGCAACUCCUUAUUUGAACAAAAAACGUAUAAAAGAAGAUUUGGUGGAAGCUGCUGCUCUGGACGAGUUGAGUUUGUAUCUCUACCAAGAAGCUCGAUUUCCUAGGAAUUCUUACGACGCUGUGGUCACGAUAACUCAUUCACAGUUGUGCCAGUGCACGAAGAACCAAAUAUCCGAUUGUCCAGCAGUCAGAGGCAUCAGUAAAUAUGGAACUGCUUGCUAUUGGGACGACAAGACGAAGAGAAUGGAGUCAGUGGCUUUGGUACACGAUACCGGUUUCAGUGGAAUUCCAACAGCUGCUCACGAGUUAGCUCACGUUUUGGGAGUCCCUCACGACGGCUCAGCCUCGCUCUCGUACGUGGGAGGGCCUGGAGCGAAGGAUUGCAAAUGGGAAGACGGCUACCUCAUGAGCAGUUUCCGUCACGACCAACGCGCCCUCACCUGGUCAAUAUGCAGUCAGGAGUGUUUUAGAUACUUUCUGAACAAACCCCAAGCGAGCUGUCUCUACAACCAACCGGCAGAACCGAAAGAGACUUUGCCGAGAAUAUUACCGGGAAAAUUGUUGUCGGUCGACGAACAAUGCUUCCGAGCGAUUGGAGGAGAAUCUUGCUGGCACAAUGAAAAUGUCUGUACUCUACUCUGGUGCAGAGUGCCCAACACCGACAGCGACUGCAUUGCCAGCACCCCAGCAGCCGAGGGCUCGGAAUGUGGAACCGACAAGAUAUGCAUACGUGGCCAAUGCGUGAAUGCUUCGCUCGAUCACUGGGAACCGUGAUCCAACAAAAUUCUUGAUGAAAUGUCAAAAAAAAAAAAACGUUUGGUCAAUUAGAAGAGCGACCAUUCGAAAUCAAUGAUUGUAGCAAAAGUUUGAUAGUUUUACUGAAUUACUGUGAAAUAAUCUUCGAAAAGAUUCAUCAUUUUUAAUCGAGUUUCUACAGUUAUGCAAAUUACAAUACUUAUUUAGUCGCAAUCGAACAAGUAAUGUGGAUCGGAUACUCUGGAAUUUCGGUACCGAAGAACGAAAUUACCGUGAAUGUAAUUGAUAAGAAAAAUAUUAAUUGUAACCGAAAAAUCAGUCGAUCGAAAUAAAUUUAUGAACAAGAGUGA